CCGGCGUGCGUAGGCUAUCAAGCCUAUCAUCUCCUACACAAACUCCUCUCUCUCUACUUUGUCUCUUUCUGCAACGCCUGCCAUACCAUUUUCUCCGUUUAAACCUCAGAUUCUCCCUAUCCCUAAUUCACGCUUUCAAAUUCUGGAGAAAUCUAAACCCUAAUUUCAGCCCCCAAAUUUUACCAUUCCUGUGAGCUCUGUUACUCAAAAACCCUAAAUCGAAGCCCUAAACCCACUGUUUCGAAAAUCAAUUUUAGCUUGGAUGAAGAGGGUGUGAGCGACCAAAGAGCAGGGAAAAGGUUGUAAUUCUUCGACUAAUGUCGGUGGAGAGGUCGUUCGAGGCAUGGGAGGAGGUGCAGCGGCACGGUCUGGACUUGGCGGACCGGCUCGCGCAGGGCUUCACGGGCUUGAUCCAGUCUCACAUGAGCCCUCCGUCGUUUCCGUGGCCCAAUCCCCAGAACUCGAAGCUUUUCGACCUUGAAUUCCCGAGUCAGACUUUCGGGAGAAGAGAUUUCGGAUUGGCGACCGAUAGCUCGGGGAUAAACGGAGUGUCGGCGAUUCUAGAUAUCGGGAAUAGGAUAGGGCAGGCCGGGGCGGACUUUGGGGCGGGCUUGAAUGGGUUAGUUCAGCAGUUUUUCAGGAGGCUGCCGGUGCCGUUUCGGCCAGAGGAGAACGCCGUGGCGGUGGUGCGGGUGGAUGUUGAGGGGAGUAGGCUGAGGAGUGAUGUGGGUGCGACUGCGCAAGGAGACAUUGGGUCGUUAUCGGCUCGGCUGAGGGACUUGGGAUUUGCGGAGAAUGAUAGCGGUGCUGAUGGGUCGCUUGAUGAUGAAGUUGCUGGGUUUAAUCUGAGGACGGCAGGACUUCUGGGUAGACCGCAGGGGAUCAUUAAUAUUACAUCGACCUAUGACAGCAGAACACACGACGUAGAAAGUUCUUUGGUUGCAAGGGGAGAUUUAUGGAGAGUAGAGGCGUCACAGGGCAGCUCUACAUCUGGAAAUCAGAAUUCAUCUCUCUUCCUCGUCCAACUUGGUCCAGUACUCUUUGUUCGUGAUUCAACGCUUCUUUUGCCAGUCCAUUUGUCAAAGCAGCAUUUACUUUGGUAUGGAUACGACAGGAAGAACGGAAUGCACUCACUUUGUCCAGCUGUGUGGUCAAAGCAUAGAAGGUGGCUGUUAAUGUCAAUGCUCUGCCUCAAUCCCUUAGCUUGUUCAUUUGUAGAUUUACAAUUUCCAAAUGGGCAAUUGACCUAUGUAUCUGGUGAGGGGCUUACUACAAGUGCUUUCCUACCUAUUUGUGGGGGCCUUCUACAAGCUCAGGGUCAAUAUCCAGGAGAAAUGAGAUUCAGCUUUUCUUGCAAGAAUAAGUGGGGAACGCGCAUCACACCAAUGGUUCAAUGGCCUGACAAGUCAUUUACAUUUGGUCUUGCACAAGCUUUGGCUUGGCAGAGAUCUGGUCUCAUGGUGAGGCCAACCAUCCAAUUCAGGAAGGUGCAAGUCAACAUUAUUUGGAUUUGUGUAAUUUCCUGUCCUUAUCACAUGAGCCAUCAGCAAUUUGAACGGCAGACUAACAGCAUGGUUGAUUUGCACCAUUUUAUAAGUUUGAGAGUAAAUCAACGAAAUUUAGGUCAAGGGUGUUUUAGUGGAACUUAAUGAAUGUUCGGGGAGUUGUGAGUGCAUUUUAGGCUAUUAUUUAUUGAUGGACAAUGUGUAGUAUGAAGGUUACUUUUCAUGCUUUUCUUUCUUCAACAGUAAAUAUUUCUUAUAUGAUUGUCCAAGGAAAAUGUAUUUCCAUAUAAUAUCCUACCUUAAGGUAAAUUAUAACAAUCUCCCACGAGGUUUAGGGAAAUAUUAGGGGAUUACCUUCUAUUUUCAGAAAAAAAAUUGUCCAUUAAGAUUCUUGAUCCAUAUAAUAGAUACAGCAUUAUGAAAUGGUUAUGCUCACAUGUGGUUAGAAAUUGUGACACUGUAGUCUUUCUUAAAAUAGAUUUCCA